AUGAAGGCGAUAUUCCUGACAGCCAGCCUCUGUUGCUCUGUAUACACGACAAACGCUUCUAUACCGUCCAAUCUGACAAAAGUAGAGUAUUAUACGAACAUCUUCUCGUGGAAUGAGGCCUACGAUAUCUGCAACAGAAGUGGAGGAAGUUUACUUCAGCCAGAAACUCGCCUGGAGUGGGAUUACUACCGAUCCGUGAUCCGCGAACUAAGUGUGAUGGCAGUAAGAUGCUUGGCAACAACCAGAGACCCUCCCACCAUCGAUGGCACGUCGACUCCUCUUUCUACCACAGCUUAUAGCCUCAGUGUGACGUCAAGCCACACAGUUGUUCCCGGAAAUAAGGCCAGUAUAACAGGAAAGUCCCAGACGGAUAUGACGUCAGUGUCAAUGACCAGAGCAGGAUUGCCAACAGGAACAUCAGAUGUACCCACAACUAUGGGCGUUUUUUCAAUUCCUACUGCAGAAGAUAACAAACCAGCCACAUCAGCGACUAUUGUUCGAAUACCAUUGUUGCUACCACAGGGACCAGCAUCUCCCAAUUCGGUAGCCACAAAGGAAGCUACAGCAACAGCGGAAACAGCCUCAACGACAGAAACAACGGAAAUCACCACAGCGACAGCAACAAAGGAAAUAGCCACCUCGACAGCAGCAACGCAAACAGCCACCACGACAGCAACAAUGGAAUCAGCGACAACGACAACAACAACAACGGAAACAGCCGCCACGACAGCAACAACAGAAACAACCAUAACAUCAGCAACACCCACAUCGACAUCAGUAACAACAGCUUUACGGACGACACCCCCGAAAACAAAUUCAUCAAGGCAACUUUGCUCUUGUCCUUGUGUUCAGCAUCCUAUAAGACCUCAGAUUAUCACAAAAGCGAAAUUUACAGAUAAUCUAAUAGCAAAACUGGAAAUUAACAAGACCAAUCUGUCUUCGACGCGACGUAAACUUAUCAGUGUGUAUGAAAGCCGAGUGGUGCCGAUGGCACUGGGCACUUGUGGCUUAGGCAUUCUUCUUUCAAUCUACGGAGUUAUUCUGCUCUCGGAUAUUGUUCCCCAUUUUAAGAAACUAACUGUUAAGGCAUUAUCUGACAACAAUCGGUCCAUGGAGAUAUGGAUGAACAUGAUUCUCGCAACGCCUGGCCAGCGACAUGUGAACGGUGUGGUCUCUGUUCUUUGCGACCUUAUGACAGAGUCUUCUCUGGCCGGUGUGGUCUCCUGUCAACUAACUGUUAAUGAGGACGAUGGAGCGUCUUCGCUGGGAGAUCAAUACCCGAACACCCCUUGUUUCAACUCAUCAAUUUCGGAGAAGGCAACCACAUCACGUCCGUUCACGACAUCAUCUAGCGCCAAGCCAAGGACAUACUGGAUGUCCAGUCAAUCCGCCCGUCCAAACCCAUCGGUGGCUCUCACCUCCACAAGGGACAGUUACUCGGUGGAACCAGUCUCCACGACACAAUGGACACCCAUUAUAUCAACAACUGUACCCUCAGAGACAUCGGCAAAGCAGAGCAAGGUUACAGAAGCGUCGUCUUCAUUGAAUCACUUGAUUACAACAGAGUCAUCAACGUCAGCAAUAAUAACGACGACAAGAAAGCCCACCUGUUGGUGUCCUUGUGGGCGGAUAAUUGCCAAGAAAAAUAUCACAAAACAGAAGUUUAUAGAGGAGUUGGUGCAAGGACUGGAAAUUAGUAAAGCUAAUUUGUCGUCAAACAGAAGAAGACGUAGCAGUGUGUAUGAACGGCGAGCCGUACCCGUGACCUUGGGCAGCGUGUGGGUGGGGGUUUUGUUAGCUCUGUAUGGCGUGGUGCUGUUUUCUGACAUUUUCCUCCACGGCAAAUCAUCGAUGACAGCGUCCAGCCGUGGCUAUGGUUACGGGAAGAGAAAAGUCCGACCUAUUGAAGAAAACACAAACACACCAAGUAAACCUUAA